AUUGUAAUUUCUUUACCGUAAUCUAACUCCUUUCGUCCUCUAUUGUAAAUUUUUUCUUUUCGCUUCUUCAGAACUUAGCUUAAUGGUAAGUGCCUUAGUUUUAGGUGGUUGCGGUUUUAUCGGCCGUCAUUUAGUUUUAUAUCUUGUGGAAAAUAAACUUGUUGAAAAAAUAAAAAUCGCUGACAAAAACUUACGAGAGAUCAGUUGGCUCACACCUGAGCAAAAAAAAGUUAUUGACACUGUAGACUAUGUUCAAGCAGAUCUUUCGACUGAAGCGGGCCGUACUAAAGCGUUUGGCGACGAAAACUGGGAUUACGUAUUUAACUGCGCUGGUGAAUCAAGACUUGGGCUGAAUGAAGAAGUAUACAUGGAGCGAGUUUUAGAGUUAAGUUUAAAAUGUGGAGAGUUGGCUGCUUUGAAAGGCUGUAAGGGAUUUGUAGAGAUUUCGGAUGCCCGAGUAUACAAACCUAAAAAGUCGCCUGCCGUAGAAGAUUCUAAAAUAGAACCAUGGACUAUAAUUUCUAAAAUGAAAUAUGAAGCAGAGAAGUCGCUUUCAUCAGUUAAAAACUUGAAUCUUGUCAUAAUACGGCCCGUGUUAGUGUAUGGCGUUAGCGAUCUACUGAGCAUCACGCCGCGGAUAGUAAUAGGGGCUGUUUAUAAAACUUUAAAAGAAAAGAUGAAACUUUUGUGGACAGAAAAUUUGAGUCUUAACACCGUUCAUGUAAAAGACGUUGUAGCGGCGAUUUGGCACGUCAAGGAUAAAACCGGUGAAGUUUUCAACUUGGCAGACUCUUCCUAUACCACCCAAGAGACAAUUUCUAGAAUCGUUUCAGAAAUAUUUAAUGUUGAGCAUGGUUACCACGGAUCAGUUAUUUCUAACACCGCAGCCGCAGUGGGAGGGAAAACACUGGCGAAAACUAUUAAUAGUAAGCAUAUGGCUCCCUGGUCGGAGCUGUGCCGCGCCGAGAACAUCGAGAGUACCCCUCUUUCCCCUUUCAUUGACGAGGUCCUCUUAAAAAACAACAACCUCCUUGUUGACGGCCGAAAGAUUACUUCCACGGGGUUUACCUAUAAGUAUCCUGAAAUUACCAAAGACCUGUGUCUUGAGAUUUUAGAGGGUUAUAUACAGCUCGGUGUCUUUCCUAAGUCUGUUUUAGAAGACUAGACUAAGGCUUAAU